AUGUCCUCUUCGAAAAACGCCACUUCCCCUAUCACAUUAGUAUACCACGUCUACACCGAGCCCUGCAAAUCUUGUCAUCUCAGAUCGUUCCUAUCAAUGGAGAGAAAUGCCCCAGAGCAUCUGGUACUAAGAUCCAGAUCAUCUUUAUUUACAGCCUACUCUGUUGAAAAAGAUAUCGAAGAUCAUGCAAAUGAAAUACAAAGCAAAUUCCAUGAACUGAUAGACACCGGUAUUCGAAUGGACGAAUUUGAUACGAUCCAAGAGUACGUCGACUCAAGAGUCGACCUCCUCAAAAGUGUACCUUCUUUUGGAGAUUACGAAUUUCGAUCGACAGAUGACCCAUCGAUGAUACCUGCUUUGGAAAAGUUCAAGAAGACCAUUACUAUCGCUGAACAUGAUAGAGACUCUGGUAAGACGGAGGUAGGAUAUUUGGUUUGUGGGACCUCGGAUGAUCAAGUUGUCUAUCCAAGUAUCUAUGUUCGGCCCCACCCUGAUACCCAAGUGGUUGAUGAUAGACGAAAACAUCUGAGAAAAUUUGCGGAGGCUUAUAUGACGAAGAAAGAGGAAAGUGGAGAUAGUCAGGUCGGUUUGGCGGAUGAGCUGAAGAAAACUUGGAUCGGAUGUGGAGUAUAUUCGAUGGAUUUUAAAUGUAUGGACGAACUUACCAAAUAUGGUAUUUUGGAGAAUUAUGACUCAACAUCAAGCAAUGACUUGCAUGCGAUGGACAAGAUUAGUCAAUGCGAUACCAAAGUCAGUGAGAGUGAAGAUACAGCUAUCCGUGGAGAAUACCAAAACCUCGGCAAUCGAGAUACCAACAUCAUGUCUGGGUUAGCUGAUACAGAUGGUGAGAAUUGA